AGGAGCUGUGCUGUUACUGAGCAACAAAUCCAGCCUGGCCUCACAAGAAAGAAUUCAGCUCCCAUGAAAGGUGAUUCACCUGCCCUGGGGAUCGGCUGCCUGCCCUCCCAGCCCAGCCUGCACAGGCAUUCAUGAAGCGAUUCCUGAUCGUCCUGGCUGGAUUUGCAGUGGUCGAUGUGGCAAACUCACUGCUGGGAUAAUGAAGGAUAAACUUGCUGUUUCCAAACUCCAGCUUGUCAUUCUCUGCUCCUGUCUGUGCUCUUACACCACAGGGAAGGCGCCUUCAGAAUCUCCUAGGACAGAAGGUAUUGUGGCUGCAGGGAGAUCGUCCUGUCUGAAACGUGUAGCGUUUUCUUCCACGAACUUUGAGAACAUCCUGACCUGGGAAACAGAAGCAGAUACUCCCCCUGGCACUGCAUUUGAUGUCCAAUACAAACAGUAUGGAGAGAAGUCCUGGCUCCCCAAGGCCGAGUGCCAGGGCACGGGCCAGCGCUCCUGCAACCUGACCCGCGAGACGGAGAACUUCACCGAGCAUUUCUACGCCCGCGUGAGGGCGGCGGGCAGGCCCGGCUGCUCCUCAGGAUGGGUGCGCUCCGAGAGGUUCGAGCCCAGGAAGGAGACUGUUAUAGGAGCACCACAAGUGGAGUUUAUUCCCUACGUACGGUCCAUAAAGUUUCUCAUCCGGCCCCCCUACACCCCCCUGAGGGGGGAGGAUGACCGUCAGCUCACCGUGGAGGACAUUUACAGCAAAUUUGGGGCUGUUGAUUAUCACCUGACAAUAUUCAACCAGAGGACGCGCCAGCAGUGGACAAAGAGUGAGCAGAACAAAGAAUUCGAAGUUUCCAACUUGGACCCAGACACGGAAUAUAAUGGAACAGUUUACAUGUAUCUCCUCCAGAGAAGCAGCAAAUCUCAAGUGUUUUGGGUUAAAACACUAGAAGACAAGACAUGGGUUCUCUACAGCCUGGUGGCCCUGGGGUUCUGUGCUGGGCUGGUGUUUGCUGCCACUGCUUGCAUGAUCUACAAAUACGUCAAACAACACAGUGCCCAGCCCAUGGCUUUGGACUUCAGAGGGAUUUCGUCGUUCCAGCCUCUCACUCUGACGGUGGAGCACAUCAUAAAGCCCAUCAGUCUCUCCAAACCUUCGCUCUUCAUCCCCGAGGUGCCGCUGCCGCAGAUCGGCCAACAGCUGGACCGGGCGCUGGAGCCACCGCGGCCUUCCCGUCCCCCAGAAAGUGUCUGUCACCAACAGGCAGAGGUGCCAGCGUUCCAGCUGCCCCCUCAGCCGUCCUGCGUGGAAGUUACAGCUCCAACUGGUUACGCUCCCCAAAAGGCCGAGCAGAGCGUUCCCACUUCCACAGCCGACAAACCCCUGCCCGUCACCUACGGGGUGUGUGUGGAGGGCACAGACCACGCUUAUGAGAACUUGAGGCCACACCAGACUCUUCAGGAAGCCUCUCCAGGUCGUGUUGUUGGCGGAGAGCUCCCUAUCCCUGAGCUGGGAAAGAGCAGCCUCUGGAAUUACAAAGAACAGCAGCCAAGCGUGGCACUGUGGGGAGGGAGCAGGGACAGAACAGGGACGGUUCCCUUCCAGGGCAGCCCUGGGAAAACGCAGCUGCUGAUGCUGCUGCAGAGGGACAGGGGGGAAAAUCCGGAGUAUUUGAGGCCCCCGUUGUCCCUGUCUUUGCUGAAACAAGGAGGAUGCUACAGACAACAGGCAGCGGGGCUGUCACUGCCCGCGAGGAGCGCUGGCACGGACUGCUCUGCAGAGCAGGAGCUCUCAGCAUCCCUCCUCUCCUCCGUCCGGACUGGGAACGACUCCCCUGCAGAGGACAGCGCCGAGCAGUGGAUGCUGCCAGAUCCGUUCCCACAUCGUCCUGCAAACAAAGCGCAGCUCCCAGAGACUCCAGAGAUGUUCCCAGCGGGGAAGUGGCUGAGCUGCUCCCGCACCGGCCCGGGCAGUGCCCUCACCACGUUCUUCGAGGAUUUGGAGUUAAAGCUGCAGGGGGAUGAGGAUGGGAACACGUAAUUUUAGUUAGGGUGACGGCAAUGUUAAAGUGCGGAUUUAAAAACGUUUUCUUGCAUAAAAACAGAAGCAAUGCAAUAAACACAGCUGAUCCUGGGUGGAUUGACAGGGCACAGGGUGGUCAGGCUGUCCCAUCGUGGAGAUUGGUACUUUUACUGGUGUAAUUACUUCUUGGGUCACUGCAAUAUCAUGUCUUUUCACUUAAUUUCUUGCACAUUCUUCAAAUUUAUUAUGAAUUGGAUUACUUUAAGUAGGAUUCAGGUUCUAAUUCCAGAUCCAGUUCACUGAAAAUUUAGCAAAAUUUACAACAGAAACUGCCUUUGCCCUUU